AUGUCGUGCAAGAUCUUCGGUCCUUCCUCUGCUUUGGUAGUAACGAACAUGUUUGGACUCCAAAUAUCGAUGGAGGUGGUGUUCGUGGAGAAGCAUAUUGGUGAAACGGUUGUUAUCGGUGUAAGUGUAGCGUUGCAGCAUCACACGCAUUCAAUGACUGAGGACCGUUCUUCACGCGUUAAUGUUGCGUACCUUCAAGGCGUCCAAAUGGACAAGAAACCAUUCGCCACUACCAAGACUGGAGGAACAUUUGUAGCUUGCAAGUCGCAUUUGGAUGCCUGA